CAUUCCGACGUGCGGCCGUUGGAUCCGAGAACUCGUGAUUGGAUCUGGGGAAGCGGUGAAACGACGCCGGUGAACUUUGAAGUAGAUUUCUAGAUUUCUAGAUUUCAGUAACUACCGAUCUAUCUCGGUGUUUAUAUUAUUAUAAAGGAAGGGCCAAGACGCUCUAAACCUUUCCUAUUUUAUCCUCGUCGUCAUCAUCAUCAUCGACAAGACGUCUUAAUCAUAAGUUUUUAAACGUUGCUCAACACCAACACCAACAAUCACCCACCAUCAAAUCACAUCGCUUUCAUCAUGAAGUUCUCCACUGUAAUAAACUUCUUAGCUGCCACAGGUUUAGCGGUCGCUGCGCCGUCAUCCCACCAGACUCGAUCCGUCAACGACGUCCUUCCAGGGCUGAAGCGUGACACUUCCGGUGGCGGCUUUACCCAUGUUGGCUCCGACAAUGUCGUACGAACCUUCGACAGGGAUUUGAAUGUGGUCGACUUCGCACAACUCGACGACCGAGCCCCAUCUGGAGACGGGUGGCCGCGGAGCCCCAGCGCAGCGAUCCUCGACGAGGUCAAGCAGGCUAAAGCGAGAUCAGCGGCCGAAGUCUCGAAGCCACGGUCACGAAGCCCUCUUGAGGGAAGGCAGCAGCCCAGCUGCGUUAGCGAGAACUGCCCGAACGACGAUUGGUGCAAGGGUAUGUGGCUCUGGGGAUACAACUGUACGUCUUGCAUGCUUGUCUCGAACAACAUCGGCAACUGCCAGGAAUUUUAGCUCUGGGUAAAGGGGUCGCAUACCUAGGUACCGCAAUUUUUAGGUAGGAUGUGGGUUCGCCAUUACACCUGAUAAGGGGUCUAAACCUAGUUCAAUUUUGUAGCUAGUUGGAAAUAUUUACAAACCUAACGUUGUACGGUUUAUGAAUUCUUAUUUCUUCUGGGGAGCAGGGCCACAAGCUUUGACAUCUUAUACACGGGGACGGUAUAUAUACGUCAUGGUUUGUAAUGUUGAAGAUAGAACUUGAACUAGAUUAUUGCCUUCCUAAUGAGAGAAUAUGAAAAUUAUUA